GUCCUUCUCAAUGAGGAUGGCAGUCCGGCGGACGGCGCUUUAACCUGAGGACUUUUCUCAUGAAUGGGAGUCAGAUUCCACAGAGAAAGAGAAAAAGAGGGAGAGGCUCCGUUUUUUUUUUCUGGCAGAAAACCUUUACUUCACUUUGAAUCAAAUAUUUAACUUUGAGACAAGUUUCACUGCACAGAGGGACACUUUGGAAACAUGGAAAACGGCUGUGAGAGACCCUGACGUAGGAGAGAGUGUAAGGGGGCAAAGACCGGGAACCAUCUGUGGUUGCUUAAGAAGAGGCUGGUGGAUCCUGCAAUGCCAGAAGAAGCCAAUAAGGACGCCAUGAGAACGCCAGCGACCCCGGAGAAGAACACUGAGCGCCCGGUAUCCGGCAUAACCACGGUGAGCAUCCCCCUGGUUAAUGAAGUCCAGCUGACUGCAGCCACCGGCGGGGCAGAGCUCUCCUGCUACCGCUGCACCGUCCCCUUCGGUGUGGUGGUGCUCAUUGCCGGCAUCGUGGUCACCGCGGUGGCUUACAGCUUCAAUUCGCACGGGUCCACCAUCUCCUACUUUGGCCUGGUGCUCCUCUCGGCCGGGCUGGUGCUUCUGGUGUCCAGCGCCAUCUGCUGGAAGGUGAGGCUGGAGCGGAAGAAGGAACGGCGACGGGAGAGCCAAACCGCCCUGGUGGUCAACCAGAGGAGCAUUUUCACCUGAACGCUCCCUGGUUUCGAAUGCGCAUAGGCCUGACGCCGAGCUGGUUUCAAUGGGGAGCCGGCUGUCGGCAGAUGUUGCCAAGCAUGUGUUGGAUUUCCGACCUGUAAAAGCCGUGACUCUCGAGGCCCAGAACUCUUUGAAGCUUUGAAGACAUUGUAAGGGGUUUAGUAUUUGACAAACAGACAACGAGCAUCUGGGGAGCUGGGCACGCUGCCAGGAGGAAUGUAUCACAAUUAAGAUGAAUUACCACCGUGUAAAGCAGUGUAGAGGAAGUCUCCUAUUAAUCUGCAGUUGGAUGUGGCGACUUUGAUUGUAAUGGGAGGGAUUGUGGUUUGAAAAGCCCAGGAAAGGCAGGGGAAACUGGAAAAUCCGGGACAAUGAUUCACGCCUCAUUUGCCGGGCUUCCACUUGCACAUAUCUGUAAAGUCUCAAUUGUUCAUGUUACAGGGAACGGUUAUGAAUUGCCUGUUGUGGAAGUAUGGUACGUUAUGUCAGCGGGACUAUUUAACCGCAAAUAUGUAUUCUCUUAAAGCACUUUCAUCAUAUCCAGUAUUAAACUCCAUCUAUUAACAAACUGAACACAUUACGCAUCCACAAAUUGUGGCAGAGACUUGUUUUCAUUUUGUCCUCUUCAGUGUAAAAGAAUGCGUUUUAAUGUAAUAAUUCGCAUGCAUUACUGUUACCAGGAGGUUGUGAGGUUAAAUAAAGUCACUAAUAAUCAGA